GGGGGGCUGUUGGGGCGCGCGCGGGCCGUAGUGGACGGCGCCGUGGCCGCCAUGCAGCUGACGGUGAAGGCGCUCCAGGGCCGCGAGUGCAGCCUGCAGGUGCCUGAGGACGAGCAGGUAUCCACACUGAAGCAGCUAGUCUCCGAGAGGCUGAACGUCCCCGUGCACCAGCAACGACUGCUGUUCAAGGGCAAGGCCCUUGCAGAUGGGAAACGACUGUCAGAUUACAGCAUCGGGCCCAACUCCAAGCUGAACCUAGUGGUCAAGCCCCUGGAGAAGGUGGUACUAGCGGAAGGCACCGCGCGGAGAGCGGCCGAUUCGCCACCCCCACCCGUCUGGCAGCUGAUCUCCAAAGUCCUGGCACGCCACUUCAGUGCAGCAGAUGCCAGCAGGGUCCUGGAGCAACUUCAGAGGGACUAUGAGAGAUCCCUGAGCCGCUUGACCCUGGACGACAUCGAGCGCUUGGCAAGCCGCUUCCUGCACCCUGAAGGGUCUGAGGCUCUGGAGAAGGGGUUGCCCAAAUAGCACUUGUGCAGCGUGGGGGAGGAGCCAGAGGCCAGGCCGCAGCUGCAUGUUGCAUUAAAUGUGUUCUCACGUGGCAGUUUGGCUCAUAAGAAUAACAGUAGCUGGCAGCUACCUGGUUCUUGCUAGCUCGAAGCGCUCGGCCUGGGGUCACUCCCACAGCCUGUGGAAGAGGUGGGGCAGCACAGUAAGGCAGGAGAAGCCAAAUCUGAGUGCAGCCAGCUUCUAGAAGUGCCUCAUCAUAAGAGCGAGACAGGGGCUCCUGCCAGGACGGGCCAUGGUGUGUCACAUUUGGGAAGGAGUCCUUCCCAGGAGGGCCUCUGCUGCCCAGUGCUGUGACCUGACCCCCGGCGGGUCUGGCAGAACCCCCAGCUGCACUUGACAGAGGUGCUGCUCGAUUCCCCCAGCUCCAUGGUGUCACUUGGGGAAAACCCCUCUACCAUUUGGGGUUCCACAGCCACCGACUGUACCGUGAGGGCCAUGCCUCCACACCGAGUCCAGCUCUUCCAUCCUUACCCCAGCCUGGGGCAGGGGUGUCCUGUCCCCUGUCCCCUGCCCCAGUGCUUUUCUUCCUGGGUUCAGUAAACAGACUGAAGCCAAAAAUGACACAACGGCCAGAGACGGCUUGUCCCAGCCCUGGCUGCUCAGCAUCUGCUCAGCACCUUCUCCCCCAAUGAGAUGCGACAAGUGACUAAGCAGGGCGGUGUCGUGGAGGCAUGCCGCAGCAUGGAGGACGGAUGGCUGCUUCCUGUGCCACAGCUGCAUUAAGGCUUUCACUGGGGAGGGCCAGGGCACUGACGGUGGCACUGCUUCCU